AGAACAAUUCUUUUAAUCAAAAGACUUCUUACAAGUUGUGUUAGGACCCGUCUCCACGGGAACCUGGGGAUAUUUACCUAAAGAAUUAUCAGUUAGGUUUAAAUUUUAAAGGUAACCUCCGCAACUUCCGCUUCUACAAAGCUCUCAAAAAAAGGGAGGGGGGGAGGUUGGAAACGUAUCGCGAGAGUCUAACGGGAUGCGUUUGCGGCUUGGGUGCCGUUCUCGCGUUUUCUGGUGAAGUAAUGGGUAGAGGUGAAAAGGAAGCGCGAAGUAUCGCGGGAGUCUGGUGGAGUCUCGCGAUACUUUUGGAAGCUCGCCCCUCCCCCUCCCCCAAGUGCCGUUUCGGUUUAAUCUAGUGUGUGACUGAGUCUGUGUGAGGGAGCGAAAUGUGUAUGUGAGGUAUUGGGGUGAGGCGGAGGCUAGAAAAGGGGUUCCCUCAGGCACGAGGGACAAAGGGGGGAGGUGAAGCAACCUGGGCCGCGGAGGCUCGCCGACAGGAAGCCGCCCCGAGCCGGGCUACCGGGUAGGGGAAGGGCCCGCGCAGUCCUCCCCGGGCUCCAGAGCUGGAGUCGGCCCCACAGGCUCGGGCGGUCGGCUUCCUACUUCCUUGACCGCCCGGGCUCGCGGGCCUGAAGAUUGGCUCGGCGAGGGUGGGCGGCCGUGAGGGGCAGACUCGAGCAGCUCCCGGUGUUUCGCUUCUCCAGUGCUGAGGAACUCUUCAUUUCUUCCCUCUCUCCUUCACCCCCCACCUCAUGUAGGAGGGUGCUGAGGAGGCGAGAGGGAGGAGGAGCCUGGCCUACGGUCCCUUCCCUCCCCACCCCCUUUUAGGGGCUCUUCGGUGGGCGUGGAGUUGGGGCUGGGGGGAGGGUGGGGCUUUUUGGAGUGCUGGGGAACUUUUUCCCCUUCUUCAGGACCGGGGAAAGGGAAUGCCCAAUUCAGAGAGACAUGGGGGCAAGAAGGACGGGAGUGGAGGAGCUUCUGGAACUUCGCAGCCGUCAUCGGGAGGCGGCAGCUCCAACAGCAGGGAGCGUCACCGCUUGGUGUCGAAGCACAAGCGGCAUAAGUCCAAGCACUCCAAAGACAUGGGGUUGGUAACCCCCGAAGCGGCAUCUUUGGGUACAAUAAUCAAACCAUUGGUGGAGUAUGAUGACAUCAGCUCUGAUUCAGACACCUUCUCAGAUGACAUGGCCUUCAAAUCAGACAGGAGGGAGAACGAUGAACGUCGUGGAACGGAUCGGAGUGACCGCCUGCACAGACAUCGUCACCACCAGCACCGGCGGUCCCGAGACUUGUUAAAAACUAAACAGACCGAAAAGGAAAAAAACCAGGAAGUCUCCAAAUCUGGAUCGAUGAAGGACCGGUUAUCAGGUAGUUCGAAACGUUCAGUGGAGGGGAACGAUGAUUAUGGGAAGGCACAAUUAUCCAAAAGCAGCAGCAAGGAAUCCAGGUCGUCCAAAAUGCACAAAGAGAAGACCCGGAAAGAACGAGAGUUAAAGUCUGGACACAAGGACCGUAGUAAAAGUCAUCGGAAAAGGGAAACACCCAAAAGUUACAAAACGGUGGAUAGCCCCAAACGGAGAUCUAGGAGUCCCCAUAGGAAAUGGUCUGACAGUUCCAAGCAAGAUGACAGCCCUUCUGGAGCUUCUUAUGGCCAAGAUUACGAUCUUAGCCCCCCAAGGUCUCAUACUUCUAGCAAUUAUGACUCCUACAAGAAGAGUCCGGGAAGUACCUCAAGAAGGCAGUCAAUCAGCCCACCUUAUAAAGAGCCUUCUGCUUACCAGUCCAGCACUCGGUCACCCAGUCCCUACAGCCGACGACAGAGGUCAGUGAGCCCCUAUAGCCGGAGACGGUCAUCCAGCUAUGAAAGGAGCGGUUCUUACAGCGGGAGAUCACCCAGCCCCUAUGGCCGAAGGCGAUCUAGCAGCCCUUUCUUGAGCAAGAGGUCUCUGAGUCGGAGUCCAAUCUCCAGUAGGAAAUCCAUGAAGUCCAGAAGUAGAAGUCCUGCAUAUUCAAGACACUCAUCUUCACAUAGUAAAAAGAAGCGAUCCGGGUCACGAAGUCGUCAUUCCAGCAUCUCACCUGUCAGGCUUCCAUUGAAUUCCAGCCUGGGAGCUGAACUCAGUAGAAAAAAGAAGGAAAGAGCAGCUGCUGCAGCAGCAGCAAAAUUGGAUGGAAAAGAAUCUAAGGGUUCACCUAUAAUUUUGCCUAAAAAAGAGAAAUUUGAGGUGAAGGAGUCAGGGUUAGAGUCUAAAAAGUUACCCAGAGGUAUAAAGUCAGAAAAAUCUACCCCAGAUACUGAACUGGUAAAUGUAGCACAUUCAAACACAGAGGUAAAAAAUUGUUUAGAUACAGGGAAAGUAAAGUUGGAUGAGAACUUGCAGAAGCAUCCUGUUAAGGAUUUGAAAGCACAGGGAACAAAGGACACCAAACCUGUAGCACUGAAGGAGGUGAUUGUUACUUCAAAGGAGACAGAGACAUCAGAAAAGGAGGCCCUUCCACCUCUCCCCACAAUAACUUCUCCACCCCCUUUACCAUCUACUACUCCUCCACCUCAGACACCCCCUUUGCCACCUUUGCCUCCACUACCAGCUGUUCCACUGCAGCCACCUUUGCCUCCUCCCCAACCACCAUUUAGUCAAGUUCCUGUUUCAAAUACUUCAACUUUACCCUCUUCUCCUCACCCAAGGACAUCUACUUUAUCCUCUCAGACAAAUUCUCAGCCCCUUGUACAGGUUUCUAUGAAGACUCAAUUAUCUGUAACAGCUGCUAUUCCACACCUGAAAACUUCAACAUUGCCUCCUCUGCCCCUCCCUCCCCUAUUACCUGGAGAUGAUGACAUGGAUAGUCCAAAAGAAAUGCUUCCUUCAAAGCCUGCAAAGAAAGAGAAAGAGCAGAGGACUCGCCACUUACUCACAGACUUGCCUCUUCCUCCUGAGCUACCAGGUGGAGAUCCAUCUCCCCCAGAUUCUCCAGAGCCAAAGGCAAUUACACCACCUCAACAACCAUAUAAAAAGAGACCAAAAAUUUGUUGUCCACGUUAUGGAGAAAGAAGACAAACAGAAAGUGAUUGGGGGAAGCGCUGCGUGGACAAGUUUGACAUUAUUGGGAUUAUUGGAGAAGGAACCUAUGGCCAAGUAUAUAAAGCCAAGGACAAAGACACAGGAGAACUUGUAGCUCUGAAGAAGGUUCGGCUAGACAAUGAGAAAGAGGGCUUCCCAAUCACAGCCAUCCGGGAGAUUAAGAUUCUUCGUCAGUUAGUUCAUCAAAGUGUUGUAAACAUGAAGGAGAUUGUCACAGACAAACAAGAUGCACUGGAUUUCAAGAAGGACAAAGGUGCCUUUUACCUUGUAUUUGAAUAUAUGGACCAUGACUUAAUGGGACUGCUAGAAUCAGGUUUGGUGCACUUUUCUGAGGACCAUAUCAAGUCAUUCAUGAAACAGCUAAUGGAAGGACUGGAUUACUGUCACAAAAAGAAUUUCCUCCAUCGGGAUAUUAAAUGUUCUAACAUUUUGCUGAAUAACAGUGGGCAAAUCAAACUGGCAGAUUUUGGCCUUGCUCGGCUCUAUAACUCUGAAGAGAGUCGCCCUUACACAAACAAAGUCAUUACUCUGUGGUAUCGACCUCCAGAGCUGCUUCUUGGAGAGGAAAGAUACACACCAGCCAUUGAUGUUUGGAGCUGUGGGUGCAUCCUUGGGGAACUGUUCACAAAGAAACCUAUUUUUCAAGCCAAUUUGGAACUGGCUCAGCUAGAACUGAUCAGUCGUCUCUGUGGUAGUCCUUGUCCAGCAGUGUGGCCUGAUGUUAUCAAGCUGCCCUACUUCAACACCAUGAAACCGAAAAAGCAAUACAGGAGACGCCUAAGAGAAGAAUUCUCUUUCAUUCCUUCAGCGGCACUUGAUCUGUUGGACCACAUGCUGACACUGGAUCCUAGCAAGCGCUGCACAGCGGAACAAACCCUACAGAGUGACUUUCUUAAAGAUGUGGAACUCAGCAAAAUGGCACCUCCAGACCUACCUCACUGGCAGGAUUGCCAUGAAUUGUGGAGUAAGAAACGUCGACGGCAACGACAAAGUGGUAUUGUGAUAGAAGAGCAACCUCCAUCCAAAGCUUCUCGAAAAGAAACUACCUCAGGGACAGCAGCUGAGCCUGUGAAGAACAGUAGCCCAGCACCACCUCAACCUGCUCCUGUCAAGGCAGAGCCUGGUCCAGGGGAUGCAGUAGGGCUUGGUGACAUCACACAGCAGUUGAAUCAAAGUGAAUUGGCAGUGUUAUUAAACCUGCUUCAGAGCCAAACUGACCUGAGCAUCCCUCAGAUGGCACAAUUGCUUAACAUCCACUCCAAUCCAGAGAUGCAACAGCAGCUUGAAGCCCUGAAUCAGUCUAUUAGUGCACUGACUGAAGCCAGUUCCCAGCAGCAAGACUCAGAAUCCAUAGCCCCAGAGGAAUCAUUGAAGGAGGUACCUUCUGUAUCUGUGGUCCUGCCUCCUGCUGAACAGACAACUCCUGAAGCUUCAAACACACCAGCUGACAUGCAGAAUAUGUUGGCAGUUCUCUUGAGUCAGCUGAUGAAAACCCAAGAGCCAGCAGGUAACCUGGAGGAAAACACCAGUGACAAGAAUAGUGGGCCACAGGGGCCCCGAAGAACCCCUACAAUGCCACAGGAGGAGGCAGCAGCAUGUCCUCCUCACAUUCUUCCACCAGAGAAGAGGCCCCCUGAACCCCCUGGACCUCCACCGCCGCCACCUCCACCCCCUCUGGUUGAAGGCGAUCUUUCCAGCGCCCCCCAGGAGUUGAAUCCCGCCGUGACAGCCGCCUUGCUGCAACUUUUAUCCCAGCCUGAAGCAGAGCCUCCUGGCCACCUGCCACAUGAGCACCAGGCCUUGAGACCAAUGGAGUACUCCACUCGAUCCCAUCCAAACAGGACUUACGGAAAUACUGAUGGGCCUGAAACAGGGUUCAGUGCCACUGACACUGAUGAACGCAGUUCUGGUCCAGCCUUGACAGAAUCUUUGGUUCAGACCCUGGUGAAGAACAGGACCUUCUCAGGCUCUGUGAGCCACCUUGGGGAGUCCAACAGUUACCAGGGCACAGGAUAGCUGCAGCAGGGACGACCUUUGAAUAACUCGGGGACAUCCAUCAGUUAACCUUGCAUCCAGAACCUCUGGAACAAUCUCAUCCACAGUACCUGAAGCCAGGUUCAGUGGAAAAUUCCGCCUAUCCAAAUACUUCAUGAGACACCAAAAUUAGAGGCCUGUACCUCUAUCUUCAUUACCCAGAGCCAGCAUCUCUACCUUCCUUCCCUGCUAGAUGUGGAAGCCAAGACCAAGGAGAAACCAAUUGAAUCCUGCCCUGAAGUUGCUUUAUGUUCUGGAUUUGGAGAGCAUGGGGCAAGACAAAGUAGGAUCACAGAUAAUCUAGAUCCAGAGGCCUUGGAGAAAUCACACACCCCUCAGCCUGUAGACACAGCUUGAAGAUGGCAAAUGGAAACCCAUGAUGGAUAGUAAGGAUGCCAACAUGGGACUGGAAAGUGGUGGCACACACCUUUAAUCCUAGCGCUCAGAAGGCAGAGGCAGGUUUGGAUCCAGAGUGAUGUCCAAGGCAGCCAAGGCUACACAGAAAUCCUGUCUCCAAAAACAAAAAGGAUGCCAACUUGCAGAGAGGAAGUUUGGCUUCUGAGUGUUCCCAUCUAGUCCAAGGUUGCCACCUCCCUCUUCCUACUGGCGAUGUCUCUUGUGUAGGUAAAGUCACCAUUGAUCCCUUGCCCUUUUCCAGUAGCUGUGAACACAUAAUACUCCAUGCACUACAGCUCCGGAGACAUAGUGAUUCAUACAUUCUCAUAUUCUCUCUCUCUCUCUCUCUCUCUCUCUCUCUCUCUCUCUCUCUCUCUCUCUCCCUCCCUCUCUCUCUCUCUCCUCCCCUCCCUCUUUCCCUCCCUCCCUCCUCUCCCUUCCUCCUCUUUGGCUUAUUUGGAACAUCCUGUUUCCCAGUGGCACCCCAUUCCCACGCAGUAAUUCUCACCAUGAGAGAUAAGCAUCGAGGCAAUGGCUAGAGGUACCUUCCCUUUCUGAGCUUUUUGUCUUCUGGUUGGAAGUUGUUAGCUCUAAACAGAUCACUAUUGGCUCUUUCUUCCUCUCCCAUUACUGAGAUUUUCUGGGUCUCAGACAUUCUGAAUAUAGCUGAGAACCUCUUCCUUGAAGCCUGGAUGUUGCCUAACUGGGAGAUCUCAAAAUCCUGCUUGUUCCCUUUCUGGUGGACCCUCUAGUCCAGAUCCCUUCCUCUCCUGGCACCUCUCCCUUCCCAUUCCUCCUUUCUCUUCUCCUCUCUCUCUCAGCAAGUUUUUUAUGUGAUUACAGGCACUGCAUGGUAAUUAGUGCUAAACUCAUUUGCACAACUACAGUUAAUUGGCUACAACAAUUAAUUAAUGUGUUGGAAAUUUGGCACUGGAAAAAAAAAGUUUGUCAUCAAAAAAAGAAAAAGGGUAAAAAAUUGUAGAGUGAGAUACCCAUAAAAAUCGAGGGCAGGCUUCAAAAGCCCAGCUGGGCCUUCAACUUCAGGCCAGCCUUAGAUGCCUUCCCUCUUAACUUCAACGGAUUUUCCUCUUUCAUUUUUAUCUCUUUCUUUUUCUUUCUUUCUCUCUCUCUCUUUUUUUUUUUUUACAACUUAAGCAAACUCAUUUCCCUGAUAAAAUAUAGCAUGACUAAUGGCUAGAGCAUGUAAAAAUCAUUGGGAAAAUGUCCUUGGAAGACGAAUGCAUUUUCAGCAGAAUAAUUAACUUAAUUAACAAAUUCACAUGCAUAUUCAUCAGGCUAUUAAUGUCUUCUCGGCUCAGCUUGAUGAACAUUGCGGUAAUAACCAUCUCAUUUACAUACUGCAUUCUACUGCGAUCCAAAACAGAUACAACAUACAGGCAUACACACUCACACACACUCACAGGAAUACACACAACAUGCCUGGGCUGCUCUUCUAGGUUGACUGGGAGCGCGCACGCGUGCGCAUGUGAGCCCCAGUUGGGCUGUGAUCUACAGAGGGUCACGACUCAGGUGGCUAGGCAUGCCCACAUGUGGAUGUCUGAAAGAACUAACUUUCUUUCUCUCUCUCUCUCUCUCUCUCUCUCUCUCUCUCUCUCUCUCUCUCUCUCUCUCUCUCUCUCUCUAUCUCUUCCUCCUCCUCCUCCCUCGCUCUUUUUUCUUGUUUCCUUUUCUCUGUGUCAUUUUCUCUCUUCUCUCGAUCACGCUCCCCCCCCCCACCUCUCUAGGGAAAAACUUGGUAUCCGUGCCAACUUUUCCCCCUUCCCCUCCUCCCUCUCUUCUUUCCCUCUCCCAACUGCUGCCAGCCGGCAUCAGCGCCGAAUUGCCAUCUCCUUGAGCUCUCUGUGGAGCAAUCUCAGAGAGCAGUAAGGUGUGACGCGGGGCUCUGCCGGCUCCGCAGCACCGCCUGCGGAAAGAGCGCAGGAUGGCGGAGGAAGAUUAAGAGAAAUCGAGAGCAGAGCUCGGCUGCCAUUGGUGUGUGCAAAUGCUGAGGAGGAAGGGAGAGGGAGAGUGAAGAGGGGGGGAGAGAAAGGGGGAAAAACCAGCAGCUGUCGGCCUAAUUCUUCUAACACUCUGCUUGUGGUCAUAUUAGAAAAACAGAUUAUGCCCCUCGGUGCCACUCACUUAUACUUGACAUACGUUAAUGUUCUAUAUCUCCAUUUUCCGGUCUUCACAAUGAUGGACUUGGUCUAAGAGGAUUGGCCUGGGUGGCCAAAGAGGCACAAAAGAGUCUGUCUUUUCAUUAUUUCCUGACCUCCAACCCCAGUCUCUUUUGAACCCUUAAAAACAAGUGUGGGCCAGAUAUGAUGGGACCGCCUUUAUUCCCAGAAUUCUGGAGACAGAGUCAGGCAGAUCUCUGUGAUUCCAGGCCAGCCUAGUCUACAGAGUGAGUUCAAGGCUAGCCAGAGCUAUGGGGAUGGGGGAGAGAAGAAAAGAGAAACAAGUUUAGGCUCAGCUUGUAGCUGACACACCAUUUAGCCUUGCCUAUAGCAGCCCCUUAGAAGGUGCAGAGGUCAGGGCACCCAGAGCCCUUCCCCUAAAUGUAUGUAUGUAUGUAUGUAUGUAUGUAUGUAUGUAUGUAUGUAUGUAUGUAUGUAUCUAUGUAUCUCUCCCUCCCUCCGUCCCUCCCUCCCCCUCUCUUCCUCUCUCUUCCUCUCUCCUCUCCUCCUGUUUCUCUCCUCUUUCCUCUUCCCCCUAACCCACAAAUCCUUUAGAGUCUUAAUUUAGGUCACUUUAGGGACAAGAGAGACUAUGUGGCAGCUCCUCCCAUAACCUUCUUAUGAACCCUCCCUCACAAUCAGAAAUUUAGGGUCAGAAAAGAGGGUCUUAUAUAGUCUAUACUUUAAGGAGGCCUUUACUGAGAAUCCAUGAGCCAAAAAGGGGGUGGGGGGGGGGAGACAGGAUUGUUUCUAGGUUGCUAUGGAAACCAGGUUUCCUCUUCCUGGUAGAAAAGGAGUAGUGCCUGAGUCCUAUCUUCUUCCACCAAUCCUGAAGGUUGUACAGGCAGAGCUUGCCAAGGCCUGGAGAAGAGCUCAUCUUAGAUGACACACUUGCCCUCAGCUGACCCACCAGCUCAGAGUCCUUUGACCCUUACUUACCCUACCUUCCUAAGCCAACAUCCAAAGAAGCCUUUUUUCCUCUGGUGCCUUGUCCUCUGUGGAGACCUGUUGCUUAGCAACCACUACUGCCUUCUUCCUAAUAACUCACAGGGACUGAGAGAUAUAAUAUCUGUCUCUAUAUUCAGUUCCUCUCCCUUGUCUAUUUAUAUUUAAUAACUGAAACAGUGUCUUGAGUUCCCUUGGCACCUGUUUUAGAGGGCUCUUAGAAAGAUUAGGCAGCAUCCUGCAGACCGUUACACCUGAGGAAGAAGAAGAAGGAAGAAUAGGAAAGGGAAGCUGUGGACGGUCUUCUCCUAAGUAUGGUUGGAGAGAGGGAGAGAAUGACAUCAUGAACUGUGGCAAGGAGCCAUCCAUUUCUAGGGUCAAUGCUAGGAUCAGGAGUGGACCCAAUAGCUAACAUUCCAGGCUAGUCCUUUUUCACUUCCCACCCACCCUGGGGUGCUUCUUGACCAUUUCCAGUCCAAGUCCCUCUUACGUUUAUUUUGUUCCUUUUUGUUUUUGAGACAGAGUUUCUCUGUGUAGCCCUAGCUGUCCUGAGACUUGCUGUGUAAACCAAUGUAGUCUUAGACUACUGAGAGAUCUGCCUGCCACUGCCUGAGUGCUAGGAUUAAAGGCAUGUGUGACCACACCCUGUAAUAUUUCUAUGUCUGAGGGGCUCAUCCUAGUGUCUGGUGCUGUGAUAAAGGAAGUCCUUCUAGGGUCCUGGGUAUCUCCCAAAGCUUUCUGGCCACUAGGAAACAAUUCUGAGCACUUUACCAGAAAACCCUCAACCGAAUUGACAGUGGAAACUAUACAAUCUCAUUGAAAAUGAGACUCAAAGUGGCUUAUAUUAGAAGUCAGUCCUGGACAUGGUGGUAAGCACCUCUAAUCCCAGGACUCAAGAGGCAGAGGCAGGUGGACUGCCAGGAAUGCAAGGACUACGUACAUGGGUUAUAUAGUAAACAGCAGGCCAGAGUUCAUAAUAAAACCCUGUCUCCAAAAAGAGUCAAGGCUAAGGCUUGAUUUCACCUAUUCUUACUCGCCUAUGUUCUGGGCUAUUCUACUUAAUCUUCUAAACUUGUUAUAGCUAGAUCUGUACAGCAGCAACAUUUACCUUGUUAGACCUUAACAGACCAAUUAAAGUGAUACAUGAAAGAAAACACCCUGAAAUUGGACAAAUUCAAUUUAAAUAUUUUUCAAAGAUUUAUCUUAUGUAUGUGUGUGUGUUUUCAUGCAUACCAGAAGAGGGCAUUGGAUCCCAUUACAGCUGGUUAUGAGCCACCAUGUGGUUGCUGGGGAUUGAACUCAGGACAUGUAAAAGAACAGCCAGUGCUUUUAACCACUGAGCCAUUUCUCCAGCCCCUAAAUAUUAAGGUAGGAAGUAUCCUAGUUUCUGGGAAGAGGAUGGUAUAUUGAACUGGUCCCACUGGGCUUCCCACAGCCCUUCCCACAGCCCUCCAAACUGCCAGCUUCCAUUACAUUGUUGACAUUAAGGCCUCUGGUCAGUGGCAAUUCAAAUGAAACAGGCCCCUUGGGAUGGAAUCAUGUGGUGUCCUUUUGUUGUUGUUGUUUUGUAUUUUUUGUUUUGUUUUGUCUUUUUGAGACAGGGUUUCUCUGUGUAACAGCCCUAUCCUGGAACUCUCUUUGUAGACCAGGCUGGCCUGGAACUCACAGAGACCUUCCUGUGAUCUGCCUCCUGAGUGCUGGUAUUAAAGGCGUGCACUAUCAUGCCUGGUUUAUGUGGUGUCCUUUUUAUCUUUCUUACCUUCCAGUCCCAACCUUAGACUUUUGGACCAAAGUUUAUAGCCUAAAUGGCUAAUACAGCAUUCAUAAUGGUGUGUCCUCUUCCACUGUCUCUCUGUCCGCCCCCCCCCGCCCCCUCCCUCCCUCUCUCCCUCCCCCCCUCUCUGAUACACACAGACAAUUCUACUUUCCCUGGCCAGUACCUUCCUUGCUAGCCAUCAUGCUAGCUCACAGACAUGCAAUUGUACCCACCAAACCCCCCUUCACUAAACCUCUUCCAACCCGAACCUUCUGUGGGAGACAGAUGGGGUGUCUGCAAUAGAAAAGGCUCUGGGCUCUACGCCGCCUUAGUAAGCAGCCCCCUCCGUCUCCCCACUACUCCCCCCUCCCCACCUAAGACACUCAGAUUCACCCUGGGCAGACCUGGUUGCUGCUGAGGAUUCCAUCUCUCUCCUCAGGCUCAGAAGGAGAGCUAGGAUAGCAUUUUCCUCUUGAGACCUAGACCCUUCAUGGAAGUACAGUGCAAAGGAAGUCAGUCUCAGUCCCUGUGUGAUAGAAUCGAUGUGGGACCUGUGUGGUCUUUCACUGAGAACUGGGUGGCUAGGGUCUAGGACCCGAGUUGAUGGAAGAGGCUAAGCCUGUGCAGCAUCUUUGUUCUGGGUCCCUGGAGGGAAACUCAGCUUGGGAAAGGGAAACAGAACUAGCAUUGCAGAGCACCAACUGUGAGCCAGGCACAGUGCCAGAGCAUUUCCAUACCUGCACUCAACCAGGAAGGGAGGAGUCAGUGUUUGUCUCGGGCCCUCAGCAUCACAUAACACAGGGAGUCACCUAGCCUUUGCUUUUGUGGUAUUGCCACCAGUCUUCUACUCCCAGGCUGGUGGUCUUCUCUCUUCUGUAUGCUGACUUCUCCACAUUCCAUCAGGUCAGCCCUCCUCCUGUUAUGCUUUUUCAUGGUGCUCUAUGUCCUGUUUUCUGAGGUCUUCGCAUAAUUCAUUUUUGUUUGUGCAGCCAUUUGAAUUUUUCAAAAUUAUAUGUAUGUGUGUGGGUUUGUAUACAUGAGGGCAGGUACCCACAGAAGUCAGAAGAGGGCAUCAGAUCCCUGGAACUGGAGUUGACUGAUCAGCUGUGAGCCCCUUGAUGUGUGUGCUGGGAACUUGAAUUCAAGUCCUCUGCAAAGGCAGUAUUCAUGCUCCACCACUGAGUGGUCUCUUUAGUCCUUUGUUUAGCCAUUUGAGUGACAGUCUUUGUUCGCUUGGAUGACAAGUUCCAAAAGAACAGUUUGUGUUCACCUAUGUGUUCUCAGUACCUAGUACAGUGCCCAGCAUAAAACAGUUAUUUGGAAAGUAUUUGUUGAAUGAAUGAUAGAAGAGAUAUAUCUCUGGCCUAAACUUAUUAACUGCUUCUUUACCCCAGAGCUGAGGUGUGUGAACCAAGACGGAGGGUAUGUGGGGAGUCAAACCACCUCAUUUGCCAUCAUGACAAAACUAACACUAGUCCUAGUCACACUCUGCCAGAGCAUAGCCACCCCUGCCUAUUCCUUGAGUUCUUAGAUGGCCAGGAAAGCCCAAAGACCAGAUAAUCCCACCCAUCCCCAUUUGGAGGCCUGAAGUCAGUCAUGUGAUCUUAAGGGAGGGGAGUCCAUCAGGACAGGGUGCACUAAGAAAACUCCUCUUUACUGCCUUGGCCAAGCUACAGAGACCAUCUGGUGUCACCCCUCUGUUUGCUUCUGUCCUCUUUUUCUGGGCUUUGGAAAGGAUGGAAGACAACGUAGCAGAGAAAGGAGCUGCUGUUCCUUGAAAUGCCUGGGGGCUGAGUUCAGAGCCUCAGCCAGGUGACUGGAGCACAUGGACACAGCAUCCAGGAGCACCACGUCCAGCCAGACCUUGGGAAGCAAGUAGACCUAUAGGUGGUAUACUGCCACCAGCCCAGAGUUUUAUCUGGCUCCUUUGCCCUCUGUCUGACCUCAAAUACCAUCCCCCUGUCUGUGGGGAGUUCAAGCCUAGUAGUUCCUUGCUCUCACUAGCCAUUCCAUAUUCCUAACCUUGUACAUACACAGUUACCAAUCUUGCAGUCCAACUGAGCCAUCACAGUUCCAGUACCCAGCCCUCACAGCAGCUUUUCAGCCGGGCUCCUGAUGGUACCCCUUAGUACCCAGAUAUCUGGGGUCCUGGAUCUGGAAACCAUUCUGGGCAGUGCUGCUCUCUCUGACCCUACUUGUUCUCUGGGUCUCUUAAUAAAACAGGACAACUCAGGCUGCAGGCCAAGUCCUUGUGUCCUCAUCAAAGGCAGCAUCUGUCCCCCUCCAAAAAAGAUGACCCUGCUGAGAGGAGGUGAGGCAGGCACAUGAGAGAAACCCCAAUCUUGCCUGGAUUCUCACACCGGAUUCCACUACAGGCAUAGAUUGUGGGUGAGGACCCAGUCAGACACAGAGGCCUACACACAUGCCCUUACAGGCCUGCAUGCCUCUGAGCCCCUGCACAUGAAAGCCUCUCCUGGGCUUACCCAACUACCUGGGCUGCUGCUGUUGCCAAGCGGCCUUCUUUUAUUCAUGCGUUGUUUUAUUGCUGGCAAAUGCUGCUGCUUGCCGCUGUUGGAGGCGUUCCUGCCAAAUCCAUCCCAACACCUUGGCCUGGCACCAGGGCGGCAUGCUAAUGUGGAAAUUUAAAGAGCCGCUCCGCUUUAAAUCGGAAUUUUAAAUGAGCAGCAGUGCUCUGAGGGGACCCAGGCAAAAUCUAACAGUAUCUGACCUACCCUUCUCCUCCCAUACCCACAAGUUCCUCCUUCCUUUGAUAUAGACAUUGGAGGAGGUAGUGACAUGAGACAUACUCAGGGAAGAGGGAGCUACCAGGACAGAUGAAUUAAUAUAAGUUAGGGUCAAGGAGCUGGGUACCCCCACUUAGAACCAAGAAGGACUUCUUUGCUUAGUCCUAUGGGCAAACGGAGGCACGGAUUCUGCCCUUAAAGAACCAGGCUUAGGGGUAGUGAAAGUGAGGUCAUCUCUCACAAAGAGAAGGCGUGCUCUCCAGGGAAGAGAUCAACAGAAGGAGCAGAUUCCACCAAGAUGAGCAACGUGCACCAGUGCACACUAAGAGGUGUGCACAUAGCUGCACAUGCAGGGUAGUUAGGAUGCUCGCUGGGGCCAACACAGCAUGAACCCACACUGUUCACCAUCACCCCUGCAUGGAAGGAAACCAUUCAUACUCAGAGCAGCAGUCUCUCUUCACACACCCAGACCACCGCCAUCCUAAUGCAGAGCAAGCCAGCUUUUGGCAGUUGCUGGUCUGAACUGUGUCUCAGGGUCUUCCAUACACCCCUUUCUCAGCUUCUAGCAGCUGCCUUGAGUCAGCUAUGGUGACGGACACCUGCAACUUCUCUGCAAGGAGGGGAACAGGAAGCCUCUGAGUUAAUCCUGUAUACUGUAGUAGCCACAGAAUGGAGCAUUCUCUGGUGACCACAAAGUGACAGGUUCAAGCAUAUCAUCUGGGAGGGGUGCUGGGUCCAUCUUUUGAAAAGUGCCUAUGGAGAUGACAUCAACAGAGCCUCUAUCCCUGUGAACCUAUAGGUAGCCUUUAUUAUCAAGAGGCAUUGAGUGUAUGGCCUCAAGACACCAUGCUUAAAGGCUUCAUAGUUUUCUAGGUUGAUAAGUACCUCAGGAAUCUGGAUCUGCUCUACCCAGAAGAGGUUCUGUUACAAGUCACUUUGUGGCCUCCACCUGACCUUAUGCUGCCAAGCUAAGAGAUGCUACCAACCUUCUCCAAGAGUCUUUCUCCCUUGAAGAAGAUUCUGGCUCCUCCGAGAACUAGUGUGGCUGCCAGCCAAGGUGCUUGGGGCAGGCCUGGGGCAUGCAGCUGGCACUUGCCCACCAGAUCCCUGAGGAUCAAUCUCCUCCACUCUCAUGGUCCUACUUAGAUGGCUCCUGGAUUAUAGGGAGAAAGAAUUUACUGUUCCCCACUCCCAGAGAAAACUUUGAACUGGAAAGUCUCUCAUUUUCCAUUCUAUUGGAAGUUAUUACAGUAUCCUUCAUCAAGAUAUGCUAAAGACUACCAGGCAAGACCAAACCCUUAAUGUAGGAGACAAUCUGGGGAACUUAAGAAGUGAGGUCUGGGCUUGCAUUAUUAAGGUCAAAUGUUUGAGAACAAAGAUGUAAGUGAGCUAGGAUGUGAAUGGGAGGAGCUGAGUGAAUCUGCCUCUCUCAUCUAAUUAGCAACAUGCAAACAGUAUGCAAAUAGCAUCCUCUUUGUUUUAAGGCUACUGGGCCUAUACUUUUUGGAAGCAGAUUGUAAAGAAACCUCCAGGCAGUAUCUGAAAACCCCAAGACAUGAGACUACUCAGAUACAGUAUGACGGUGUUCUGUAUGGCCUCAAUUACCUUUCUGUGGGCCUCAGUUUCCUUAUGUGUGAAAUGGCAAGAUGAUAAUACUGAAUGGUGUCUAAGGCUUCUUCCUAGUGCUGACAAUCUGGGGUUCCCUGAUUUAGGGCAUAGUACAAUGCAAGGAGGAGGGAUGAUUUCAUGAUUGGGAAGGCAAGACCACUCCCUCAAUUCUAUCAUGCCAUCUCCACACUCCUGCCAUUCCAAAGUGGACAAGUUUCUGAAGACAGAUUUGUGUCCCACCCAUGCCUUUAUCCACAGUUUCCUCUCCCUUGAAUGUUCUUCCUGUUUCAGCUGGACUCCAGCUCCAAAGCUUCUCUAACCUCUCUGCUCCCCAGUCACAGCAAGACACUGCUUCUUAGAGCCUCCGUGCAGUGUGUACGCUGCUAUCCUUUGCUAGUCUUGAUUCAAGACUGAAUCUUAGGGCUGAGGAGAUGGCUCAGCUUUUGCAGAGGAGCUGAGUUUGGUUCCCAGCACCUACAGUUGUGAGCCGCUGUAACUCCAGCUCCAAGGGUCAAUUACUUUUGUAUUCCUUAAGCACCCACAUACAGAUGCAUACACAUAAUGGGGAUUGAACCCAGGGUCUCAGGAUCUCUUGCUAGAAUUAUACACUGAACUACAACCCUAGUCUUUAAAUACGUUUUAGUUUGAGAGAAGGCCCCUCUGAGUUGCCCAAGCAGGCCACAAAUUUAAGAAAAUCUAGGCCCAGCCUCCCUAGUAGCUAUAAUUAUAGGCAUGCCUUUAUCUGACUAAAGAUACAUGGGGUGGGGCUGGAGAAAUGGCUCAGCUGUUAAGAGCACUGGCUCCUUUUCCAGUGGUCCUGAGUUCAAUUCCCAGCAACCACAUCUGCUCACAGCCAUCUGCAAUGGGAUCCGAUGCCCUCUUUUAGUGUAAUCAUAGAUAUAAACUAAGUAAAUCUUUAAAAAAAAAAAAAAACGGGCUGGAGAGAUGGCUCAGUGGUUAAGAGCACUGACUGCUUUUCCAGAGGUCCUGAGUUCAAAUCCCAGCAACCACAUGGUGGCUCACGACCAUCUGAGAUCCAAUAUCUUCUUCUGGUGUGUCUGAUGGCUACAGUGUACUCAUAUAAAUAAAAUAAAUAAAUCUAAAAAAAAAAACAAAAUAUCAAUCAACCAGACUCCCCAAAGCUCCUAGUGACUAAACCACCAACCAAAGAGUCCACAUGGAGCAACCCAUGGCUCCAGCUGCACGUGUAGCAGAGGAUGGCCUUGUCAGGCAGGCAUCAAUGGGAGGAGAGUCCCUUGGUCCUGUGAAGGCUCCAUGCCCCAGUGUAGGGGAAUGCCAGGGCAGGGAGUGGGAGGGAGUGGGUGGGUAGAUGGGGGAGCACCCUCAUAGAAGCAGGGGGAAGAGGAAAACAGGAAUGGGGAUAACAUUUGAAAUGUAAAUAAAAGAAAAAAUGAAUUAAAAUUUUAAAAAAUCCAUGGGAUGACAUUUGAAGCCCACCAUGUGACCCAGAAUAGCCCCUAUCUUAUCUAUGAAGACCUUCUUUCAGGUGAGGCAACAUUUAAACUAGAAAGGAGGUGACUGAGGCUCAAGGAGACCCAGUUCCCCGCCAAAGGUCACAUGGCUGUUAGAUGACGGAGCCAGAAGCCCACCCAGUGAGCUUGACAAUGCUGUCUGUGUCACCAGCAGCCUCUACUUGUACCCCUGGCUCCCAGGCCCUGGCACAGACUCUCAGCUGAAUGAACAAGCAGGAAGAGUAAGAUGGGCGGGCAGGGGAGAGAAAGGUGAGGCCUUCCCAUAGUGUAAACCUGGCUUACUUCUGCCUCACGACUCCUCACACACCUCCACCAACCCUGACCCUCUUUUCAGAAGUCUGGAAGCCCCCAGUCUGCAGCUCCCUGCCGACAACUCCUGCCCAGAAUGGAGGCACAGUGCCUAGACUUCAGGCAAGAGUUAUCAAAUCACAGAACCAGAGGGACAUCUGGAGGUCACCUCAUCCAGCCCUGUGCCCACAGCCAGUCCAGCUCACAAAGACAGACAGAUUGGUAGGCAGCAGAAAGGCGAGUUGCUUCCUCUUUCUUCAGCCUCCUUUCUCACUUGUCAGACAAUUUCAAAUAGCUGUCCUUACUCACAACCUUCCAGACCAGCAUGAUACUGAAAGCUGGUCAGAGCCAGCUCAGUCCCCGAUUGAAUUCUCCCAAAAGGCAAGGCUUCUAGCUAAGUCUCUCUACCUUUCUGGGCCUCUAAAUUCUUUGCGUGUGGGGGUCGGGGUGAGGAGCAGGGGGAGUGCAAGGUCUUUCUACAUCACCAGAGCUGUUCUGAAAUUCACUAUGUAGACCAGCCUGGCCUUGAACUCACAGAAAUCCGCCUGCCUCUGUCCCCAGAGCACUGAUGUAGCAUGCAUCACUACACCUGGCUUAAAAUGUUCAUCUUUAGAAUAUAAUGGGUAAUGGUGACGGUGGAUAGGGCAAUGCUAUCUCAUAGGACUAUGACAGAGAUGAUAACGCAGCCCAUGGAGAAAGAAAUCUAAUUACUACAGGUACUGCAGGAAUAUUUUGUCACACCUCUUCGGCCUCCAGCCAAAACCCAUUUCCUCCUGGAUAACUCAGGCUCCUUCUCGCCUAACCCAGUCUGGUCUGCCUUGUGCACUAGACUGUGAACUCUAGGCAGGAUCAUGUUCAUUUUUUAAUCACCUCCCGUUCCCUCUCCAGUGUCUAAGACUGUGCUUGGGCAUGCAGGCUCCAUAUAUUUGAUAAAUACACGAUUGAGUGUAUGAGUCAGAAUCCCAGGUUCUGACAUCUACCACUAGUCCUCCUCGGUAGGACCCUUUCGGCAGAGUCCAGGCUCCCACCGUUGCGGCCGGGGAAAGUGGUGCUGCCGCUUUAAGAUUCUCCCGGGCGUCCUGGGUUGCCAAGGCGCGGUUGCCAGGGGCCUGCGCGGAGCGGCGUCCGGCCUUCACGCGCGGGCGCUGGGUUUCCGUCGCCGCUGCCGUAGCCGCAGCCGCCGCCGGGCUGCGUCGGGCUCGGCUCCUCCGAACCGUCUGGCGGACUUGGCACUGGCCCCCGCUCCUCAGUGCCCCCGCGGUGCGUGGCAGGCUGUGGCUUCAUUAUCCUGAUUGAUUCCUCCUGCUCCCCGACACCGUGGGGGCCCCGGCCAAGGAAGGGGGAGGGAAGCGGCAUCUGCGGGGCCCAUUCCCGUCCCUCCCUCGACCCAGCCGCUCCCCAUGCCGCCCGGCUACCGGCCCUCAGCGCCCCGUGGUGGCCAGUCGGAUGGGACGGAGUGGGAGCACCCCCCAAAUCAGAAAGGUGUCUGGGUGGGGAAGGAGAAUGGAGCUGAACUGUGAACUAAGACGAGCAAGACCCAGCAGAAUGGAAAAGGUGACAUCUCUGAGAAGCGAGGUCUCCUGGGCAUCCAAGUAUAGUUCUCAGGUGAAGAAUCCUGGGUACAGUCAGCCCAGAAACUGGAGGACCUUUAAGCAAGAGGACCAGUCCUCGAAAUCGAGUACCCACACCCCGCCCGCAAUCAAGGGCUGAAACCUUGGUGGAAAGAAAAGACCUGGGUACCAGGCCUGAAGGUGGAGUGUCUUCACUCUGCCACUUGGCCUGUGAUCCGGCCCUCGGCACUAUUAAUACAAAUGCUGUGAACCCCUCCAUGUGGAGUCUCCAGGCAGAAGAGGAAGCCAUGGCCGCCUAGUGGCUACCAGGGAGGCUGGCAGGAAGGGGCUUCAUCAGGCGUCUCCUGGGAAACAGUGAACUCCCCACAGAAGAGACAUUUAACAAUAAAAUUCCUGCCUUAGAAUGUUU